AACACCCGCUAUCUCAACCUCAUGGAGAACAACAUCCAGAUGAUCCAGGCGGACACGUUCCGCCACCUGCACCACCUGGAGGUCCUGCAGCUGGGCAGGAACGCCAUCCGGCAGAUCGAGGUGGGGGCCUUCAACGGCCUGGCCAGCCUCAACACCCUGGAGCUCUUCGACAACUGGCUCACCGUCAUCCCCAGCGGGGCCUUCGAGUACCUGUCCAAGCUGCGGGAGCUGUGGCUGCGCAACAACCCCAUCGAGAGCAUCCCCUCGUACGCCUUCAACCGCGUGCCCUCCCUCAUGCGCCUCGACCUGGGCGAGCUCAAGAAGCUGGAGUACAUCUCCGAGGGGGCUUUCGAGGGCCUGUACAACCUCAAGUACCUCAACCUGGGGAUGUGCAACAUUAAGGACAUGCCCAACCUGACGCCCCUGGUGGGGCUAGAGGAGCUGGAGAUGUCGGGCAAUAACUUCCCCGAGAUCAAGCCGGGCUCCUUCCACGGGCUCAAAUCCCUCAAAAAGCUCUGGAUUAUGAACUCGCAGAUCAACCUGAUCGAGCGCAACGCCUUCGACGACCUGACGGCGCUGGUGGAGCUCAACCUGGCCCACAACAACCUGUCCUCCCUGCCCCACGACCUCUUCGCCCCGCUGCGGUACCUGGUGGAGCUCCACCUGCACCACAACCCCUGGGACUGCGACUGCGACAUCCUCUGGCUGUCGUGGUGGCUGCGGGAGUACAUCCCCACCAACUCCACCUGCUGCGGGCGCUGCCAUGCCCCGCUGCACAUGCGGGGCAGGUUCCUGGUGGAGGUGGACCAGACCUCCUUCCAGUGCUCGGCGCCCUUCAUCAUGGACGCCCCCAUGGACCUCAACAUCUCGGAGGGGCGCGUGGCCGAGCUCAAGUGCCGCACGCCCUCCAUGUCGUCGGUGCGGUGGCUGCUGCCCAACGGGACGGUGCUGAGCCACGCGUCCAGCCACCCGCGCAUCUCCGUGCUCAACGACGGCACCCUCAACUUCUCCCACGUCCUGCUGACGGACACCGGGGUCUACACCUGCAUGGUGACCAACGUGGCGGGCAACUCCAACGCCUCGGCGUACCUCAACGUGAGCACGGCCGAGCUCAACACCUCCAACUACAGCUUCUUCACCACCGUCACGGUGGAGACCACCGAGAUCUCCCCGGAGGACAUCUCCCCCAAGUUCACCAAGCCCGUGCCCACCACCUCGACGGGCUACCAGCCGGCCUACACCACCACCACCACCGUCCUGGUGCAGACCACGCGGACGCCCAAGCAGGUGGCCGUGCCCACCGCCGACGCCGGCGACAAGCUGCAGACCAGCCUGGACGAGGUGAUGAAGACCACCAAGAUCAUCAUCGGCUGCUUCGUGGCGGUGACGCUCCUGGCCGCGGCCAUGCUCAUCGUCUUCUACAAGCUCCGCAAGCGGCACCAGCAGCGCAGCACCGUGACGGCCGCGCGCACCGUGGAGAUCAUCCAGGUGGACGAGGACAUCGCGCCCGCCGCCGCCGCCGCCGCGCCCGCCGCCUCGCCCGCCGGCGUGGCCGGGGAGGGGGCCGUGGUGCUGCCCAACAUCCACGACCACAUCAACUACAACACCUACAAGGCGGGACACGGGGCCCACUGGACAGAGAACGCGCUGGGCAACUCGCUGCACCCCCCGGGGACCACCCUGGCCGACCCCUAUUUAAUCCAGACCCACACCAAGGAGAAAGUUCAGGAAACCCAGAUAUGACUCUUUUUUUGGGGGCUUUUUCCUUCUUUUUUUUUUUUUUGGGGGGUUGUUUCCCCACCGCCCACCCCGGAAUUAUUAUAAACGCAAUAGAUGCACAAAAGCAGAACUCCAAAUAUAAGGAAAAGCAGGAAAAUUCCUCAACUAUAAGGAAAAAACAGGAAAAUUCCUCAAUAACAGACACAACUUUUGUACAGGGGGGGGAGAGACUCUUUUUCGUGUACAUGCUUCUAUAGCCGACCUCGGGGCCGAGAAGAGCAGCAGAUUAUAUUAAAAUUUAACGAAACCCACCCAAAACUCCUACAAAAAAACCACUAUUUUCUAACUCGCAGGUUCUAUUUAAACAAACAAAAACCAGGAGAAACAGAGA